GACAGUCCACUCCAAACCCAAAGUCUCUCACAGUAGGCUAUUGCCUAACUUCAGGCUCCCGUUUCCUCUAAAUCUCAGUGACGCGCCGAGCAUUUCCCGGAGGCUGAGUCCGCCUCUUAUCGAGCUCAGGUCGGCCUGCGGUGCGUUUCUCGAGGGGAUCUCUAAUAGUAUUUAAUACUUUAAUAGUUUAUCGGUUCCGAAUGGAUUGGAUAAUGCGCCACAACCAACAUAUCGUUGACUUGAUGGUCCAGCGUCUAUCUCAGAUGGAUUGAAUGAUAACCCCACUGCCACAGAAUGGUAGGAUUUAGUUUUUUUCGAGAAAAAAGGAAGAGAUCGACGGAGAUCUUCGGGGCCCUGCUGCUCUUGUGCGUCCUAGGGUCAGGGGCCUCCUGGCUUCCAGAGAAGCGUUCUGAAUGUCCAUAUGGGGACUAUCUCAGUGAGAAUGGGAUCUGCUGCCAGAAGUGCUCUCCAGGCUAUAAGCGGGAGAAAGACUGUGAGGCUGUUGGCAAUAGGACCAGUUGUACCCGCUGUCCCAAAGGACAGUACAACGAGCACGACAACUACAGUGACAACUGCAGGAGCUGCCAGACCUGCCAGUACUUAGAAGAAGAGGUUACCAAAUGCACUCCCAGUCAAAACACCAAAUGUAGAUGUAAAAACGGCUACUACAAAGAUGUCAUCGACUCGAGCACCUCCCAGUGUCUCGAGUGUUCAAAGUGUGGACACGGAGAACACCAAUCAGAGAAAUGCUUUUUGGAACAGGACACUGUGUGUGUGUGUGAGAGGGACUUCUACAGAAUGAAAAACAAGUGUCUUCCUUGUAAAACCCAAUCCCAAGGGCAUGAAUUUGACUCAAGUAGUGACGAUUAGUCUGUGUGUGGCGGUAGUUCUCCUGCUGGCGGUAGGGUUCAUCACCUACACGACUACUAAACGCCACACCAGGUCACAGAUGGGGAGGUCGACCGCU